AUGUCGAAGAUUCAUCCGAAAGCAACGCUUGAUCUCCCGUCCCUGACGACUUCCCGUGAUCGCACGUCCGCUAAACGGGAGGUCUUCACCGUGUGGAUGAAGUCCAUGAUCAUGAACAGCAAGGGAUGCACCGUGUUCGACUCGAGCGGUGGAAUUGUUUAUCGGGUAGAUAACUACGACUGCGAGCGAAGCAGCGAGGUCUAUUUGAUGGACCGCGGAGGGAAGGUUCUAUUCACCAUUCUUAAGAAGAAAUAUAGCUUGUGCAAGACAUGGAAGGGUUAUGGAUCAACUGGAUCGGAGGAGAGGAGGACGCUGUUUCAAGUCAAGAAGCCAUUGAGUUUUAAGAAGGGAGAGUCGUUGUACGAGGUCACGGUUUGGACAGACAAGAACCAACCUAGCUACUUCUUCAUUCAAGGACAUGGCACCUCCAAGUCUGCGUGCAACAUAACCAAGAGACUCGGGGGUCUCAUAGCAGAGGUGAAAGAGAAGAUCUCAAGCUCGGGGGUCUCGCUGGGGGGCGAUGUCUUGACGAUGAGCGUGGAACCAAAAGUUGAUCAUUCACUCGCCGUGGGACUACUCGUUGUUUACGGACUAUUCAACCGCAAUUUGUGA